UCUGGAUCGCACCGCGCGGGAGCUCGCGCUGCGCACGCACUCACUCACUCUCUCUCACACACACACCGGGUUUUUUUUUUUUAAUUUAUAUAUUAAAUGGACGGAUUCUAAUAAUAAAUAGAAUUCCUUCACGUGCUGAAAACAAAACUGCAGCCACAACAGCCAGCCCGAGGACAGAGUCUCCAUCCUGCGUGUUCUAGUGAAGCGCAUCUAAACUCGUUUUUUUUUUGUUGUUGUUGUUGUUUUUUCUGUGCUGGACAGGACACCGGGGCGCACGCGGAUUCGUGCCAUCCAUGGCGCGUUACAAAGAGCGCGCUUCAUAUAUGUAAGAUGCGCCGUUUAGGUCCUCACGUGCAGACGCUCGCGCUGUCGGAGUUACAGAGAGCGGCUUUUACAAAAACUUAAAUCUGAUGGGACGCGCGGAGUUCGAGGAAUCAAGACUAGGACUAACGGGACGAAGAAAUGCACCGUUCCUGAAGGUGUAGAAAUAAAUAUAUAAAUAUAUAUAUAUAUAUAUAUAUAACUGGAUAAAACGGGAUUUUACAGCGUGGGAACAAUUUCCUCAGUUCAGCAGCAUCAUGGCUGCUUUUUAUUUCUCUUGACCAGCGCGUGCGCGCAUUCCUGUUUGGAUUUGUUUUUUUCCUCCAGAAGGCUUUAUGGCACAAACACAGACGUUGCAUGUGCAUUUUAACCGAAAUUGUUGUUGAUUAAAGGCUGUAUGCGCUUACAUAUAUAUAAAUAUAUAUAUUUUUUAUUUAUUUAUUUUUUCCAAGAAGAGCAAAGAAUCACUUCUUCCUUGGGGCAUCAUUUACCUCCUUGGCCUUCUUCAAUUUUUUUUACAAAUAUUUUUUCCUCUGAUUGAAAGUGUUGGAGGAUCGAUUGAAUGGACUGAAAAAAAAUUAAAGAAAAUAAAUAAAUAAAUAAAAGAGAUAAAAAAUCUGAACGUUCAAGUCGCCUGGAAGUGGCCGUGACCUCUGACCUAUGGAAAUUCACUGCAAGCACGACCCGUUCGCCGCGAUGCAUAGGCACGGAGGGGUCAACCAGCUCGGUGGGGUGUUUGUGAACGGGAGGCCGCUACCCGACGUGGUCAGGCAGAGGAUCGUGGAGCUGGCUCAUCAAGGCGUACGGCCGUGCGACAUUUCCCGCCAGCUUCGCGUCAGCCACGGCUGCGUCAGCAAGAUCCUGGGCAGGUACUACGAGACGGGGAGCAUCAGGCCGGGCGUGAUCGGAGGAUCCAAACCAAAGGUUGCUACACCCAAAGUCGUCGACAAAAUCGCCGAUUACAAACGCCAAAACCCCACCAUGUUUGCCUGGGAGAUACGAGACCGACUGCUAGCCGAGAGAGUCUGCGAUAACGACAGCGUCCCCAGCGUCAGCUCAAUCAACAGGAUCAUUCGCACUAAAGUCCAGCAGCAGCCCGGCCAAUCAGGAAGCGUCUCUGCGCAUAAUUUAGUGUCCACCGUGGCAGUGACCCAGGUCUCCGCGGUAACCAGCGACGCGGCAGGCUCCUCCUACUCCAUCAGUGGAAUUCUGGGAAUCAGUUCAGCGGCUGACGCCAGCAAGAGAAAGAGAGACGAGAAUCUUCAGGAUUCUUCGCUGGCUAACGGCCACGCCCACUCAGGGCGGGACUUCCUGCGCAAGCAGAUGCGGGGCGAGCUCUUCACGCCGCAGCAGCUCGAGGUACUGGACUUCGUGUUCGAUCCUGACAUUUACCCCACCCCUGACACCAACAAGCCCGCCCAGACAGCUGAUUACUCGGCGAUGGCGUCUCUGGCCGGCGGAUUAGAAGACAUGAAGAGUAGCCUGGCCAAUCAGACGGCGGCGGAUUUGGGUCCGAGCGUAGGACCUCAGAGUUACCCGCUAGUGUCAGGUCGUGAUUUAGGUAGUACCACGCUUCCAGGUUACCCUCCUCACGUUCCCCCAGCUGGCCAGGGCAGCUACUCAGCCCCGUCGCUCACAGGAAUGGUGCCCGGGGGCGAGUUCUCGGGCAGUCCGUACUCCCACCCACAGUACUCUACGUACAACGAGUCGUGGAGGUUCACCAACCCGAGCCUGCUGGUGUUCCAGCAGGAGUACGGUUCUCUUCUAGGCUCAGAAAGAGCAGCUACUUCAGGCCUUUUUCCCAGCCAGACCACACAACCCGGAGGGUCGCCGUAUUACUACAGCGCAGCCACACGGGGUUCAGGACCUGCAGCCACGGCCACAGCCAGCGCCUACGACCGCCACUGAGAAGAGAGGAGGAGAGGAAUGAAAAAGACGAGAGGAAGAGAGAGAGAAAGAGAGAGAGAGAGAGGGAGGGAGGAGAGCUAUAUGGAGAGGAGAGGAGAGACGAACAGAGAGAGAGAGAGAGAGAGAGAGAGAGAGAGAGAGAGAGAGAGACUUUUUACAUUCUUUUUCCACAUCAGUCACACUGUCCUUUUAUUCCAGAACUUUUCUACACACACACACACACACAGACCACUAGAACUGGGAUCUCCACUAGACGUUUUUAGAGUUAAACCCAGUAGACUAGCUAGCACCUAUUUCUAAGAUUUCCCAACUAACGAAACGAUGACAUACAUAAUCGCUCUAAUGAAAAAUAAAAAUCAAAGUAAAAAUAAUCAUAAUAAUAAUAAUAAUAAUAAUAAAAAUAACGUACGUCAAAGUCAUAUUAUACUGCCAAGUGCACAGAAUUGUCCUAGGUGUUUUAUUAAAAAAAAAGAAAAAAAAAAAAGAAAAGGGGGAGCUUGGAAGUGCGCCUCCUCUCUUCCUGCGUGUAGAUAAAUGCUCUUUUACUCGUGUACAAAAUGCCCUGAAUUAAAGCUAUUUAUGAUGGAGACAGAGUAAUAUAUAUUAAAAAAGAAAGGGAAAAAAAAAAAAAAACGUGUAAAAGUUUACCGCGGACACGAGAUCCACUUCGAGCAGGAGACGUUUUUAAAAAUAAAAAAAAUAAUAAAAAUAAAAGGAAAAAAAUAAAAUAAAUCUCAGCUUUUUUUUUUGAAGGGGGGAUAAAAUAAAUAAAUAAAUAAAAUCUUCCAGUGUUUUUGCUUGGAUGAGAUCAGAUCAGAGGAACACAGAGAAACGUGGCCAUUUUUUUUUUCCACAUUGUUUACUCGGAAAACUGUGAUGAAUUCACGGCCUGUGAAAGAGGGAGGUAUGUUGUCUAGCCUGAACAGGAAGUAGAAAAAAAAAAAAAACUCGUACAUGUACGUUUGUGUUCUCUAAGGAUGAUGUAAGGUACUAGAUCCAGCUUGUUAUGUUUAGAAGGUGAGCGCCUCUACGAAACGGCGUUCCUUUAAGACGACGAGGUAACGUAACGGAUCCUGGAAAAAAGGUUUAUUUUCUUACACUAUAUUGCCAAAAGUAUCGGGACACCCCUCCAAAUCAGUGUUGUUUGGUUGGGCUCGGCCCCUUAGUUCCAGUGAAAGGAACUCUUAAUGCUUCAGCUUCAUACCAAGACAUUUUGGACAACUUUGUGGGAACAGUUUGGGGAUGACCCCUUCCUGUUCCAACAUGACUGUACACCAGUGACCAAAGCAAGGUCCAUAAAGACAUGGAUGAGUGAGUUUGGUGUGGAGGAACUUCACAGAGUCCUGACCUCAACCUCAUAGAACACCUUUGCUAUGAAUUAGAGUGGAGACCGACCUUCUCGUACCUCACAAAUGCGCUUCUUCUAGAGGAAUGGUCAUAAACACACUCCUAAACCUUGUGGAAAGCCUUCCCAGAAGAGCUGAAGCUGCAAAAGGGCGGGGCCAACUCGCCCUUUAAAAGCAGAUGUCCCGAAACUUUUGGCAAUAUCGCGUGUCCGUUAUUUUCUUUUCCUCCACUGGAGAAAGUGCUGUCAGUCUCCUGAACCUCCCCAAAGAUCCGAUUCAAGACAGAAAACACGGAGACAAAUCAUUCCUUCUCUUCCUUCCUCUUCCCACUCCGUCUCAUUCGUUUACUCAUUCUGCGCCAAGACAAUGCAUGACGAAGGCCUUAGCGAACUCAAACGCGACCUGUACAUAGCGAACCGAUCCGUCCCGUUCGAGGACGUAACGCGACGCGGCGAUCGUUUACUGCCACGCGAUCCUGCCGUUCAUAUCUAACCUUAGAUUCUAGUGGAUGAGGAAAGAAACGUGUCCUUUCAUUUAGCUAUCGUUCGUUCGUGCUGUGUGUUCCCGGAUCGUUCUGUUUGUUUGUUUGUUUUCUUCUUCUCUGUGCAUUUCCGAGUAGCUUUUUGUUUAGUAGAUUUAGUCGUCACCAACACCAAAACUUUUGACGUGGAAAAAUAAAAAAUAAAAAAAAUCUAUGAAUAUACAAUUAUAUAUAUAUCUAUAUAUCUAUAUAAACAAAGACGCUGAUAGUUUUUCGCUCUUUUUUACGUUCCGUAACGUUAGCAUUAGAAACACCUUCGUUUGUAGUACCUUAAGUUGCGCGAUUCCGCAACUCUAAAGAAACCCUUGAUGCCGUUCGCCACCACGCUCCUGGCGACCCUUUUUUCUGGUAACCUUUUAGUCUGAGGCAUUAUGAACCUGAAAUACACCAGCUGAAAUCGAGGACAGUGCCUUUACUUUUUCUAUUCAGUCAUCCACGAAUGACCACGAGGUCACUAAAAACUACAAAACCUAAGGUCGUAGGACCCCCCCCACCACCACCAAUCAACACAUCUGCCAGUGCCACUGACCAGACCUGAAGGAAACCAAUGCAGAUCUUCAAAUCAGAGAGGCUAAUUAAUCAAUCACCGAACUCACGGAUUCUAAACCAAACAAACCAGGCCAAGUAGAAGAAGAAUCUUUUCGACCACUGUGGUGUUUCCAUGGAAAUUCUAGCUACUUUUGUCGACUUUUAUAUCAAUGAACCUAACUGUUUGUACAUUUUUUUCGAUGUUCUUACGAAUCUUUAAUCAUUAAUCCGUCCCAGAAUCCCUCCCGGAGUCAUCUCGGAUUCGAAAGGAGGACGUUUUUUUGGCUUGAUUUCACAAAAACGAUGGUACCGCGUUUGUAAGAAAAAAGGUGGAAACGUUAACUCCGCCCCUCUUUUUUGUUUUUUAAAAUGAAAACGGAUCUGACGAAUCACGAGACUGUGCUGUUUAAACACUAUGUCCAGGAAAAAAAAUUUGGGGGGGGGGCCAGAAUUUACACAAGAAAUGGUCGAUGCUCUAUUUUGUAACUUUUGUACUGCGGAAUAACGUUAAAGGUGAAAGAACUUCUGAGCUCUAACCUUUAACCUUCGUACCUUGGAAUCGGAAGAAUUUCAUUUGUGGUAAAGUAAAAUAAAACGAUCAGUCGGAAUUCUGCGUGUGGAAAAACUUCACGUGGACUGACCAAUGAUGUAGAAUAGCUCCAUUGCCUUAAAUACACGAGUCUUGCGUAAUAACCGCCUCCCCUUUUUUUUUGUAAACACAUUGACUUGACCCCACUGCUUACACCAAGAGAUCCUCCCAUUGGCUCAGAGGACGAUGAUUGACAGUUCUGGCUCUGCACACUGGGCUUUUCCUGGUACGGUUCCUGCCCUUCCCGUCAGCCGCAUCAAACUCUACUCCACACACACACACACACACACACACACACACACACAGUCCUUUUGUCCUCUGGCGGGUCGUGAAGAAGCCACCCCCCCCCCUCCCCACGGGAACGCACUAAACCUGCUGUGCCAUCGAAGAAAAAAAAAAAAAAAAGCAAAGCCCCGACGUCCACCUUCUCGUUUUUCUUCUCUUUCUCUAUGGCGAUAAUCUCAUCAGUCCAUCCUGACCCACUCCUUUAGGAUUAAACCCAUUACUACGAUCUGGGAAAUCGAUCCGUUGUUGCUGAAGACGGUCAUUCUAUCGAGGAUAAAAAGGAAAUCUCUUGCCUUACUGUAUGUAAAAAUAAAAAUAAUAAUAAUAAUAAUAAUAAUAAUAAACAUCUUCACUUCUGCCUGGGAUUUAUUUUCACUUUAUUUGAGACUCUCAUACAUUCCCACCAAUCUGUACCCAAAGAAAACGAUGCGGCGGCGCUUUACUCCUUUAAUCCGCUCGAUCAGAUCUUCAACGCCAUCCCGUACAUCCCUGACUAGCCGAGUGGAGUCUCACGCUUCUAAUUUUCUCUGGAAAUCUGGAAGUUUUCGCUCUUUUCGCCAUUAAAGAGCUAGCAUGGGAACGCAGAGGCUAACUUCUCGUGCGGAAAAAUCCUCCUAUAUCCGGUUGCGUCCAGAAGGGUUCAGUGUCUAGACGUCAUUUUACUCAGCUGAACUCAUGAGUCUAAACGUAUCCCAGAAUUCAGUGCAGAAAUCCAGGAAAAUAAAUAUAAAUAAAUAAAUAAAGAGGGCUUGGGUUUUUAGAUUUUAAAUAAAAAAUAACAUUUUUUCUAAAUUCUUAAAAUCACUUUUACCCAGUUUACCAGUUUCACACCAGACUAACGACUAAAAUCGACUUAAUGACCUUUAUCGUGGCCUUCUGCGUACAAUCCGAAUCAUUUCCUAAUAGACCUGUAAUCUCUGUAAUCAUUUCCUAAUAGACCUUUCCCCAGUUCCUGUGGGAUUGCUACAAUUUUUUGCUACCGAUUUUUUUGAAAUAAAUAAAAAAAAAAAAGAAAAAAAAAAAAGAAUCCAAUUCGAGGUUUGGGAAACGCUCCAAUAAAAAAAGAAAAAAAAAACAUAUCUGUAGCAUCCACCAAAGCUAGAGAUACCCAUUAAAAAAUUAAUUAAUUAAUUAAAAAUAAUAAUUUGACGUGCCAUCAAAAAUACGGUCGCUUCUUUAAAAAAAAAAAGUGUAUGUUUUUUAUUGAAUUUUCUAGUAGUUACGAACGAAUCUCGAUGUUUUUUUCUUUCUUUGUUCCUCUGCGUGCUGUGUGUCGUCUUAAUAUUCGAAUGUAUUUACUGCGGUACAAAAUUUGCCAAAGAUACCAUACCACUUCUUUAUUUUUAUUUUAUUUAUUUUUAAAUUUUUUUCUUCACGUUUUAUACGUUUUCAAGUCAGCCCAUGAACUGGAAAUAAUUGUUACUCUGAUAGAAUGUUUUUGUUUUUUUUUUGCUAAAAAUGUUAGAAUUCAAGGAUUCAGGGUCAUUUCGAAUGAUCUGGCAUCGGUCCUGACCCCUGAAAUCAGUCCAGGGUAAAUAAUGCUACUUAAGUGUACGUGCAGACGAGUGAGUGUUUUGUUUGUGCUUUAUUGAUUUUAUGUACCUGUAAUGUGAAAUGAAGAAGUAAUUAUUUGUAAAUAUUUGACAUAAUUUUAUUGGUUCUUCGGAAA